AUUUUAUAUACCGCUUCUACAAGACAUAAAUUAUGUAUAAAAUUUACUUGAAGUAAAUUUGUUGUUUUUUCUUUCUGUCUUGAUUAUUGCAAGUCUUUAUUGUUGAAGCAUAACCUUUGGGGACGAGAUGGAACUUACAUCGUUCACAAUUAUAGAAUGUUGCCUAAUGACAUUUAUUUUCAUUUUGCCAUCCCAGGGAAAACAGGAACACACUAUUGUGCAAGACUUUGCUCAUGGAAUUCACAGACGUGACAUACAAAAUAUAACAAGCAAGAGAAACGCGUCAAACAUUGUCGAUAUCAGCAUGUUUACAGACAGCUCAGCUCCUGGAAAUGUAUUUUCUGUAUAUGUUGACGACACAAUAUCGAGACUUAUUAUAGAAGUUAAAGUUGAAAGAUCAACCCCUGUAAUAAUUCUAUUAAAACCCUCAGGUUUACUAGGGCCUCAUCCGAUAAUAAAUGGUGCAGCCAGUGGUGGAACAGUGACCGCGACAAUUGACGUUGCCAUAACAGCGGCAGAUUAUGGAAUAUGGAAGCUUAACAAAUUGGAUGCAAACUUUUGGAAUGUAAACAUUCAAGGAGAAAGUUCACUGGAUUUUACAUAUCAGUUUUUAACAGGGAGCUUUAUACAAGUACCACUUACAGGAGAUCCAGUACAAGGCGAGACUUACAAGACAGUGUUAACUGUCGCGGACUUCACAAAAGCUUACACAGUUGAUGUUGUAUAUAUGUUUUUAAUUGAGAAAUAUACACCGGCAAAUCUGAUGAUUCCAACAGACAAAGGAAAUGGAACAUACGAAGUUGCUAAGCUGAAAAUGAUUGACAGGGACUUUAUGAUAGGAAUAAAUGGAAAGGAUAACUCUGGGCAUUUCUUCCGUCGGAUCAAAACCAUAAAACCGAUAGCUCUAUUGCUCUUAGUGCCUUCGUUGAAUGAUUCAAGUGUGAAACUGUACGAGAAUACAAAGCUGGAGUUGGUUUUUUAUGUAACCAACAAACUUUCCAAGGAUCAAGAUAUAGAUAUAAAAAUUCAGGACACACAAGGCUUUGCUGAAACACCAACAAUAAUUUCUUUAACAUUAACACCUGGUCAAAACUACACCGGAAAGUUUGUUAUCACAGGUGGAUUGUUUGGAGCUACGACAAAUGUGACAAUAAAAGCAGGUCCUUAUAUUCCUGGGCGGAGGACUUCUGGACCAUCAAUUAUGAGGCAGUUCACAGUAGAUAGGCAUUUAACGACAACUUCCACUGAUCUACCGAAAAUGACAGAUAUACCCACAAUGUCAUUUAGUAACUCAUCAUUUGUACCAAAUUCUAAGGGAGGACUAAUCUCCGCAAAUAGCAUAUUAGCAGUUUCAACUACUAGUGCAUCAUCCAAACCUGUUACUGACGUUUCAAAAAUAACCACAAGUGAUGUUUUAACAAGUUCAACCCCACAACUCGAGACCUCAACGAUAUCCAUAAACGACGCAUCCUCGGCUAGAUCAAUGUUUUACACUUCUGCUGUACCUUAUACAAAGACAAUCAUGCCACACAUUGUAGACAUCAGCAUGUUCACAGACAGCUCAGCUCCUGGAAAGGCAUAUUCUGUGUAUGUUGACGAUACAAUAACGAGACUUAUUAUAGAAGUUAAAGUUGAAAGAUCAAGCCCUGUAAUAAUGCUAGCAAAACCCUCAGGUUUACCAGGGCCUCAUCCGAAACUAAAUGGAACAGCCAGUGCUGGAACAGUAACUGCGACAAUUGACGUUGCCAUAACAUCGGCAGAUUAUGGAAUAUGGAAGCUUAACAAAUUGGAUGCAAACACGUGGAAUGUAAAAAUUCAAGGAGAAAGUUCACUAGAUUUUACAUAUCAGUUUUUAUCAGAGAGUUUUAUACAAGUCCCACAUACAGGAGAUCCAGUACAAGGUGAGACCUACAAGACAGUGUUAACUGUCGCUGACUUCACAAAAGCUAAAUCAGUUGAUGUUGUACAGUUGUUUAUAAUUGAGAAAUUAACAGCGGCAAAUAUGAUGUUUCCGAUAGACAAAGGAAAUGGGAAAUACGAGGUUGCUAAGCUGCGAAUGCUUGACAAGGACUUUAUGAUAGGAAUAAAUGGAAAGGAUAACUCUGGACAUUUCUUCCGCCGGAUCAAAACCAUAAAACCGAUAUCUCUAUCGCUUUCAGUGCCUUCGUUUAAUGAUGCAAGUGUGAAACUGUACGAGAAUAUAAAGCUGGAGUUAGUGUUUUAUGUAAUCAACGAACUUUCUAAAGAACAAGACAUAGAUGUAAGAAUUCAGGAUACUCAGGGCUUUGCUCAGUCACCAACAAUAAUUUCUGAAAGAUUAACACCUGGUCAAAACUACACCGGAAAGUUUGUUAUCACAGGUGGAUCGUUUGGUGUCACGACAGAUGUUACAAUAACAGCCAAGCCUUACAUUCCUGGCAAAAAAUCUGAUGGACCAUCAGUAAUGAGGCAGUUCACAGUAGAAAGGAAUUUAACGACAACACUCGGCGCCUCUUUAACAGCAACAACAGUAGCUUCAUUGGGACCUACAACAGUAUCUUCAAACAUUCCAUUGGUGACAUCAAGUACGGCUAUCCAACAUACACAAAAGUCGACUCCAUCUUCUUAUAACACAGUCAAUGCUACAUUUGAAGGUAAAACCAAGGUCAAAGAUAGUGCACCUGACAAGAAUGGUCUGUUUGUCAUAUUUUCUGCUCUGGUAUUCAACAAUGAUGUGAAUGGUAAAACGAUUGUUUCCAACCCAAAGAGCAAACACAUGACAUUUUCCGAACGAUUUGAGCUCAACUGGCCAUAGACCACUACCCUCAAAUAAUGACAUUUUCAAAUUAUGCAAACGAACCGCUUUUCACAAAUGAUGUAUGUGCCAUAUUUAUGAAUGCUGUAGUUUUUCUCUUUGUAUCGAGAAUUUUAUUGCUUUGAUUUAGCUUUUAAUUAUAUACAAAUAGAAAAGGAAAUACAAAAUGUUUUAUUAGAGAAAAGGUGUAUCAAAGGAUGAUCAAAUUAUUUUUCAAUUCUUAUCAAUCACAUAAAAAAGGUGAUAAAACAUGCACGAAAGAAUUUUGUUACAGUAUUGCUUUCUUUAUAAUUGUUGGCGUAAGAUUUGUGAUUUGUAUUUCCUAUUAUUUAUCUUUGCGUCGUUGUUUAGCAUGGAGUUAAAAGCGUUCUGUUGGUACACAGCAUGAAGUAGAAUUUCAUACCUUAAAAGAAACUAACUGGUGUUUUGAAAAUGUAUGUAUGUAUGUAUGUAUGUUUCUAUGUAUGUAUGUAUGUAUGUAUGUAUGUAUG